UGCCGCUCUAAGCUCGUGGUGCUCGUGGAGUGUUGUGUUUGGUUUUAAGCUGCUUGUAAAACUCGUUUGUUGUGGUUUCAAAAUGGGAAAGCUUGUUUGUUUUUCGGUUCUUGUGGCUAUUUUGGCGGCCUUGCUGGGAGAGAGAAUUUACAACUUCAGGAAAAGGUGCCUUGCUUCCAGAGAGAUCGGCAACAAGCACCUGCCUAACUGUUUCCUCCUCAAACAUCUGGAUCAUGGCUCAGAGGACAUCACAAUCAUGCCAGAUGGCCUCGCCUUUAUCAGUUCUGGUUUGAAGUACCCUGGGUUGCAGGCCACAGAGCUUCCAGGGAAGAUCUUCAUUUUUGAUCUGCAGAAUCCCCAAAUGAAACCAGUGGAGCUACGUAUGCCAAGAAACUUUGACCUGGACACCUUUAAUCCUCAUGGGAUCAGUGUAUACACAGAUCAAAGUGAUGGCACAGUGUCCCUGUUUGUUGUCAGUCAUCCUCAUCACCAAAGCCAAAUCGAGAUCUUUAAGUUCAGUCCAGAUGACUCCUCCCUGGUCCAUUUGAAAACCAUAAAGCAUGAACUUCUUCACAGUGUAAAUGACAUAGUUGCAAUGGGACCAGAGAGCUUCUAUGCAACCAACGAUCAUUAUUUUGGACAUGAACUCCUCAGAGCCUAUCUGGAGCCUCUCCUUUCCCAGCCUUGGGGUAAUGUUGUAUACUACAGUCCAGAAGAAGUUAAAGUGGUUUCUGAUGGAUUUUACUUUGCCAAUGGCAUCAAUGUCUCUCCAGACAAGAGGCAUCUAUAUGUGGCCGACAUAUUGGACCACAAUGUCCAUGUGUUUGAGAUCACAGCUGACAACAAACUCACCGCUGUGAAGACUGUGGCUGUUGGAUCACUUUGUGACAACAUUGAAGUUGACCCUGAAACUGGAGACCUGUGGUUAGGCUGUCACCCCAACGCAAUGAAAGUUUUUAUGCUUGAUCCCAAGAACCCGCCUGGGUCAGAGGUGAUCAAGAUCCAGAACAUUCUUUCUGAUAGGCCACUGGUGAGUCAGGUGUUCAGCGAUGAUGGUCAGGUGAUCAUGGGCUCGUCGGUCGCGGCUCCCUACAGGGGGAAGCUGCUGAUUGGUACAGUGUUCCAUAAAGCCAUGUGCUGUGACCUGAAGUAAAGCACUGACUCUGAAAACACAGGAUUCUUUAAAGGAGGGUUUUUUUCUAAUGUUAAAAUUGAAUAAAGUUAAAACACAAAGAAAUGAAAGAUUUUGAAAGAUGAAAACCGGUGUCGCAGACCGACCGGUCCCCCCUAAAAAUCGGUCCGCCUUGCCUCCACUGCGCAUGCGUCAUUUCGUAGCUGAGCUGCUCGUCCAAGAUGGGUCUCUUCAACCAAAGCGAUCAAAUGGAUUAAUGUGAUUAUUAACCAUCAGAUGAGAAGGUAACACCUCUUAAAUCAUUCGAAAGUCAGUUUUAAGCAGAAACGAGGUGAUC